AUCUCGUCAACACGGAAGCUCCCCGCACAUUGUAGGCUCUGUAGCAUUCAAUUUCACCAAGAAUACAUUGUCUCAAGUCUUCAGAUCACUUCUUCUUCAUCCAAUCCGCUUAAUAAACACUGCUGGCGACCAUGUCCCCUACGAUCUCGACCCCAAAGACGGCCGUCGUCCUCAUUGACCCCUACAACGACUUCAUCCACCCCGAGGGCAAAUUGUAUGGCUCUGUCAGUGAAUCGCUCACCGCCACCAACACCGUUGCAAACCUGAAGGAACUCGUCAAGGCCGCUCGGGAGGCGCAUAUUCCCAUUUACUAUGCGCUGCACAAGACCUGGAAGGAGGGUAACUACAUGGAUUGGCUGCAUAUGAACUCAUCGACUACGAGGCUUGGUCAGAAUAAGGUUUUUGAGGAGGGAACUUGGGGAGCUGAGAUCUUGGAGGGGCUCGAGCCUGAUGUGUUGAACAAUGGGGACGUUAUUGUCAGCAAGCACUGGAACAGCAGCUCUUUUGCCAACACCGACUUGGACUAUCAGCUCCACCAACGCGAGAUUACCCAUCUAGUCAUGGCCGGUAUGGUUGCCAACACCUGCCUUGAGAGCACAGCCCGAUACGGAAGAGAGCUGGGCUAUCACGUCACCCUCCUCACUGAUGGUACAGCUGGAUUCACAACUGCUGCCAAGGACGCUGCAGUUGAUCAUGUCUGGCCCCUCAUCGUCGAAAAGGUGACGACGGUUGGUGAAUGGAUCUCGACGCUGAAGAAUGAGCAUACCUCUGGGAACCUGUAGAUAGAUUUGCAUCUGUCCGCAGUGUGAUCGUACUGAGUAAUUGAAUUUGUGUAGUCUACAGAUGGAGAUAAGAGCUUUUGAACUCUAGCCAGCUGAGCAUCCAAGGCCUGUUCUUUAGAGAUGCACCAGAUGCAGCUUCUGGGUUUGCGGGAUCCACGCUUUCCGCCGGCUCCAGAGGUCUCAACGCUUCAUAAGGUCUAAGCAAAGAUAGGGACUCCAAACAAUUCCGUAAUAAGGUCUUUCAUAACCCAAGAUACGAAAAC